AUGGAAACCGUUCUGGGAGAGUCUCCUCCAAAGGAACGAAUGAAGACCAUCGAGGAUUGGACAGGAUUUCGCCGACGAAUCCUCUACGGAUGCCACCCAAGAAGACAAAAACAAGGAGAACGAUGCGAGAAGCAACAGCCGGCGUGCCGCGCAGACAAAACCACCACUACAAGGACCCAUCUCCAGAGCGGAUCCGCAAAACUUCACGGCGACGAGCGAGGAGCACACGUUCACCUCCAGACACAGCAAGAGGGAAGGUUGAGUUUGGUUGGGAUGACGGUUAAGAUCGUGAGACAUCAAGGAAUAUUGGCACUCUAUAAUGGACUCAGCGCCUCUCUUCUCCGACAACUUUCGUACUCCACCGUGAGAUUCGGAAUUUAUGAAGUGACGAAGCAGUCCAUCUCUCAACCAGGUGAGGCUAUACCAUUUUACAUUCGUGUGGGGAUGGCAGCAGUAGCAGGAGCGUGUGGAGGCUUCCUGGGAACGCCUGCCGAUAUGGUAAACGUGCGUAUGCAGAACGACAUCAAGCUCCCCCUAAACAAGAGGAGGAACUACAAGCAUGCCGUGGAUGGGCUUUUCCGUGUGUAUAAAGAAGAAGGUGUUCAGCGACUCUUCUCAGGUGCAACAGCAGCCACUGCCAGGGCGGUUCUUAUGACUGUUGGCCAAAUUUCUUUCUACGAUCAGAUCAAGCAGAUUCUUCUUGGAACUGAAUAUUUUCGAGACAACAUCAUCACACAUUUCACCAGUAGUCUUGCAGCUGGUGCCAUUGCCACUACAAUGACACAGCCAUUAGAUGUGAUCAAGACCAGGGCUAUGAAUGCCAAGCCUGGAGAAUUUCAGAACAUGUGGGGGCUCAUUGUCUACACUGCCAAGCUGGGACCCUUAGGGUUCUUCAAGGGCUACAUCCCUGCAUUUGUGAGAUUGGCGCCUCAGACAAUCCUAACUUUCAUCUUCUUUGAGCAGCUUCGACUACACUUUGGGAAAGAAGUCCAGUAGUUCCUUUAUAGUCUUUCCAUCUGAUUUUUGUAAUUUUUUCUUGUUGGACAUUUGUACCCUGUAUCAGUUAGAUCUGGAUGUGAAACUUUGGAUCUGAGAUAUUCUUAGUGAUUCUUCUUUGUUCAUACUGUUUGCACUUGUUUCAAAGUGUAUCAAGAGAUUCAAUUGAAACUGGAAAGAUGACUUAGAGCACUCAACUUCUUUAUUUCACUGUGAAGCGUGAUGGAAGUUCAAGAAUCAAAAGCAACACCUCACACGAAUGGUAUUCCUCUUGUGGGUUAGAGCUGGAAUGAGUUUCUGGAUCUCAUUGGGAAGUGCAAUAGAACUGUUGGGUGUGAUUUUUCUGAAUUAUGUCAGUAUUGGGUUUUAUGUAACCCCUCUUUUUUUUUAUCUUUAUUUUGUUGAGUACCUUCAAUGUAUAUGUGCAACUCCCUGCAAGAGUCCAAGAUUUAGAUUUCCUGAACUACUCCCCUUAUUAACUAAAUGAAAGGCUCAUAUGAAAUACAAGGA